GCAAUUGACGUGCUGUACAAUCAUCUAUUGGUCUUCCUUUUUGCGAUAUUAUGCUGCCAAUAAUAUCAUAAAAAAAGAAAGGAAAAACAACACAUACAAUCAAAAAACAGAGCAACGGGGUGGCUGUGCAUACUUCGCAUCCAAAGGCUUAUACGCUGGAGUUGGUAUUUGCAGUUGCUGUUGUUGUUGUUGCCCGGGAGCGGAGAGCCGAGACUUCAACUGAACUGAACUGAACUGAAACUAAACGUGAGCGUGCAGAGAGCGCGUCCAACACAAAUCACACUGCGUAUACGUAUUUUCGUCGCUUUUAUUUCCGUUUGUUGCUUGAUGAUUGAAAACAUCAAUAAUAAUAAUAACAAUUACAUUACGCACAAAUAAAAAUCGAAUGCAAUAAGUUUGGAGAUUGAACAGCAUUUGAUUGAUAAAAAGGCAGAAGCGCAUUUGGACGAAGAAGAAAAGCUGAAUGAUAAAAUUGAAAAAUCGAUACGACGACACAUAAAAAUAAAGUGUUGAUUGUUGUUGUUUGGCUGGCCCAAAGCAAAAAAAAAAAAAAAGGACACGCAGCAUAAAUUGAGUUUUUGGAAAAAGUUGCAAAAAGAAAAAGGACAUCAUGGGAAACGAGACAUCGCUGCCAAUGGACAUGUGCUCCAAUUUCGAUGCGGAUGAGAUUCGACGGCUGGGUAAACGUUUUCGCAAACUCGAUCUCGACAAUUCGGGAGCCCUGAGCAUAGAUGAGUUCAUGUCGCUGCCCGAGUUGCAGCAGAAUCCGUUGGUGCAGCGCGUCAUCGAUAUUUUCGAUGCGGAUGGCAACGGCGAGGUGGACUUCAAGGAGUUCAUACAGGGCGUCUCACAGUUCAGUGUGCGCGGAGAUAAAUUGUCGAAGCUGCGUUUCGCCUUUCGCAUCUAUGACAUGGACAACGAUGGCUACAUAUCGAAUGGCGAGCUAUUCCAAGUGCUCAAAAUGAUGGUGGGCAACAAUCUGAAGGACACGCAGCUGCAACAGAUUGUCGACAAGACCAUCUGUUUUGCCGACAAGGAUGAGGACGGUAAAAUCUCGUUCGAUGAGUUCUGCUCGGUGGUUGGCAAUACGGAUAUACAUAAGAAAAUGGUUGUGGAUGUUUAAACACGAAGAAAAAAACAGGAAAAAAAAACACGGCCACACACACACACCUAGUAUACAACACAGAAAAGUGUCGAGUGUGCUCGACUGUGAGAUACCCGCUACCCGCUUAGAUAAAAUAUCUAUUUCCGAUUGUUAUGAAAUUUCCCAACAAAUAUGUGUGUAACAACAACAAACAAAAUUCUAGUCUCGUUUAAAACUUAUGCUCACAAUACGUAGCGUAGUUGCCACACCAGUAUUUGUCAUCAGACGAC